CAGAGGAAGAAAAAGUAGACAAAGAAGAGGCAGUAGCAGCGUUAGCUUCACUGCUCAGCUACAAAACGGCUGUGUUCUAGUGUCAGAGAGAAAUAUUAGAACACUAAAGUAAGGAUGUGCUCAGUUGAGUAUCUGAGAGAGUUGAUCAGCGAUAGACUAACUGCUGCUGCUGGAGAAAUAUUCACAGAGUUUGAAAAAACCAUCGUCCAGUACCAGGAGGAGAUCGACCGUCAGCGCAGACUGCUGGAUGUCAUCUGGAAACCACACACCCCCUUACAACUCACAGAUGUUCCACAGCAACACAAGGGUCUUGCUGAGCACCAAUUCUCUAACCAGGACAGAAACUUCAGUAUGGCCCAUGAGGAGCAAGAGCCUCCAUACAUUAAAGACGAACAGGAGGAACUCUGCACCAGUCUGGACCAUGAGGACUCGGGGCCUCUACUGAUGAAAGAGGAACAGGAAGAACUCUGCACCAGUCUGGAUCAGGAUGACCUAGAACCUCUGCAGGUUAAAGUGGAACAGGAGGAACUCUGCACCAGUCAUGAGGGAGAACCACUUGUACUAAAACAGGAGAUUGAUACCUUUAUGGUGACCUCAACCUAUGAGGAAAGUGACUACAGUGAACCAGAACCACACAGUGAGCAGCUCCUGUCCCACAGCUCUCCUUUCAUGUCUGAGGCUCACUGUGAUACUGACGCAGGGAACAAGUCUCUAACAUGUGAUGUCUGUGGAAAAGCCUUUCAAGAUAAGUCCAAAAUGAGGAGACACCAUAGAAUCCACACAGGUGAAAAGCCACACAUUUGUAACACCUGUGGGAAAGGUUUCCGUCACAACUGCAGUUUGAAAGUCCACAUGCAGAUUCACACAGGUGAGAAGCCCCACCUUUGUAAUACGUGUGGGAAAAGAUUUUGUGAUCUUUCAACUUUUAAGAGACAUGCAGCAACCCACACAGGUGAGAAGCUGUUCCUUUGUAACACUUGUGGAAAAACAUUUAGUAGAUUAUCAGGGCUUAGAAAUCAUAUGUCAGUCCACACCGGUGAAAGGCCGUAUUCUUGUACAACAUGUGGUAAAUGUUUCACUUCAAGUAGUAAUUUGACCGUCCACAUGAGAACUCACACAGGUGAGAAGCCUUACCCCUGCAACACCUGUGGGGAACGAUUUAAUAGCACAUCAGAUUUGAAAGUCCACGUAAGAACUCACACAGGUGAAAAGCCGUACUCUUGUAAAACUUGUGGAAAAAGUUUCAGUCAGCUUGGUAGUUUGAAAGUCCACAUGAAAACUCACACUGGUGAGAAGUCGUCAUCCUGAAACAUUUGCAGGAGAAAUAAUCUGGGCACUGAGGUUGAAACAACUUGAAAGAAUUGGUACAGGUUAAAAGUAGAUCUUUGGGAUUGAAUGCACCUCCAGACUGAGCUUUAACACUGAUUGUAAGGUCCUUAAUCACCUGGACAUGGAAACUCUUUCUGCUGGUGCUGAACUGCCAGCAUCGAGAAAAAAACUAUACAGGGGAGGGAGGACCUCUGUCUUCUGAUCUAUGAAUGCUUUUAACUCAAACAGAAGGAGAGCUGACAGAGUACCCGGUGUAUUUGACAUAGUGUGCACAUUAAGGAAAAGCUAAGGAAGUACGUGAGCAGUCCUUUACGAUUGGACUGGUGGUGGAACAGGCAGAAGAACCAAGCUGAACGAUGGAUGGAUGUGAUGGGAAGGAACACGACUGAGUUCGUGGACAGUGUUUCAGAUGAAAACUGAAAGUGAAGGACAGCAUCAAUCUGACACUCUGUCAGCUGGCAGCAGGUAAAUGAUAGCUUCUCAUGUGGAGGUUUAGUCUGACUGAGGACAGAACACUGUUCACCUGAUGGGGAUGCUGAGAGAGAGAUGGAGAGAAUACAAAGAAAUGACAUGGACAUGAGGUGGUCUUCCUGAUGGAACUUUUGCUGAACUUCAUUUUGAACUGAAAAGGUAGACCUCUGUUCCUCUGCAUUUGAGACCCAUACUAUCAUGUACUGUCAUUGCGUUAGUCCACACUGGAAAAUGCCAUUGUUCCAGUGGGAAAUAAAGACAUUGGAUGUGAGUACAAUGACUUUUUUUGCAUUUGGAAUGUAACAGAGAAACAUGGUCGACAUCCGCAGAAGCACAUUGUUUCAGUCUAAGACUUUCUGUGUUAUUUGACACCGCUGACGUUCUGUUGGUUCCUUCUCAUUCUGUUCAACCAUCAGGACAAAACAUCCAGACUGUUUCCUAACUGUCCUGUUGGAGUGUAACGGAGUGUUAACAGAUGCUCCUGGACCUUCAGAGGAACUGACUUACUCUGAAUUUCUGUAUGAAAUCUGUCCUGCUGUAGCUUUGGAGCUUGAUCCACUGAUUUGAAGGAACGUUUCAUCAUAUACUUCGGGUAAACAUUUACUUCUUAUUUGUACCAAAAGAAAGUAGGGCCUGUGUAACUGGUCUCAAAAGCACAGUCCAGCGUAACUGUGUUUCCUUUAGCAUUAAUGACUCUUCCUGGUGGCUGGAUCACUUUGUCUUCCCGUUUACACACUGGGGAUGAACAGAACACACUGAGAAAUACAUGAAUCAAUAAAGAUCUCUGUAAAGCAGCUGUAAAGAGUUCUGUUCCAUGUAGAAUAGAUGGAACUUUGUGAUCUGGUUUCUCUCAGUGAGACUCUGAUCAUGUUUAAUGGGUCCUCUACCUCUUAUUGUGAGCAGAAACAAAGUGGCAGACUGGCGAAUUUGUCUGUUGUUUGGAUGAAGCUCUGCUGGAAGAGUGUUUCUGUACUUGAGUUACAGUUUGUGUUUUUAUCCUUUCCUCCUUCCUCUCAGAGCUUUGAUGAACAGUGUGAGUCUCUGCUGCUGCUCUCAUUCAUUCACUGACUGACCAUCAAUCAGUUGUCCAGUAAUUCUGUUUUGUACGUGAUUUCUUGGAUCCUGCUUUAUUGUCGAUAUGUUUUAAUUUGCAGAGUGGAUCCUCUAAAUUCCACCAUUGGCUUGUCAGAGGAUUUGCAGUGUGAUUGUAUUUCAUUUAUACCCUUUUUUUUUUUUUUUUUUUUUUUUUUGCAGUUACUAGUGUUGAAGAAAUAGCCUCAAUAAAAUGAUAGACCUCCAGAUUUAGAUUUGAGCUGAGAUGUCAGGAUUUGGUGCAACAACCUGUGAUGAUGAAUUAUUAUGUGCAGUGGUGUAAGUUUCAUUUUCAUUUAAAUAUUUCAGAACACAAUAAAUUCUGACCUGAAAACUGGAGAAGAAAUAAUUGAGGUUCUGCUAUUUUUCUCUCUCUCAGUAAUCAAUGAAACUAAUCACACAGGUGGAAGUGUCCAUCCUCUGUAAAUAGGUCUUUUUUUUCUUUGAGUUGUCCUUCAUUCAAGGAUAAAAGUUUCUUUUAAACAUGUAAACCUAAAUAAAGGCAUUGAAACAAAA